CACGGAGAGUAUUGGACCCGAUCGAACAUCUGAUCCACAUCCGUCUUCAUGAGGAUCGAAACCGAAGAAGGGGCCUGAUCUCAUCAUAACUGUGUAGCAGUAAUCGUCGAGAUCGUUUGUCACCUCGGAUGUUCUCGGGAUAAUGUAUACGUUGACCUACGGAUUUUGGAAGUAUCUCACACAGAAAGACGAGUACUCGGUCCUGAUCCUGGGCCUGGACAAUGCCGGAAAAACCACCUACUUGGAACAGACGAAAACAAAGUUUACCAAGGGUUACACGGGCAUACGACCAAACAAGGUGACGACGACCGUUGGUCUGAACAUUGGUAAGAUCGACACGCAGGGUGUGCGAAUAAAUUUCUGGGAUCUCGGCGGUCAGGAAUCUCUGCAAGCCCUAUGGGACAAAUACUACGCCGAAUCUCACGGGCUCAUCUACGUGGUGGAUUCUUCGAGCCGCGACCGCUUAGAAGAGUCACGUAAAUCAUUCGCAAAGAUGAUCGACAACGACGCAUUGUUCGGAGUUCCGCUUCUGAUCAUUGCCAACAAACAAGACAUACCCGAAUCUGCGACGGUGACCGAAAUCCGCCACAUGUUCAGAGAAUGCAAUAUUGGCAACAGGGAGCUCAACAUUGUCGGUGCUUCCGCGCUUCAUGGCGAGGGCAUUCAAGACGGAAUAACGUGGCUUGUCGACGGCAUGAAACGAAAUCUCAGGAGACCGCCGCGGAAUGUAGAUGCCUGAGUCGGAAUCGACCGGAGAUCCUCACGAAUUGUACAUAAAACUGUUGAAUGCGUGCCUCUUUGUAUGAUUAUUGUAACGCAAUGAAUUUCGAU